AUUGCAGCUUUAAAUGAUGAGAUGUUUGAAAAAUAUCAAAACAGACAUAAAUUGUUGAUCUAGGACUGUCCUGCUAAAAUAUGCUUCUUUGAGAUACGAAUCGAUUCCAUGGAAGACUUGAUCGUAUAGGCCUUACCAUUGAGUAAGUGGGCCAGGUAGACUUGAUCGUAUAGGCCUUACCAUUGAAUAAGUGGGACAGGUAGACUUGAUCGUAUAGGCCUUACCAUUGAGUAAGUGGGACAAGUAGACUUGAUCGUAUAGGCCUUACCAUUGAGUAAGUGGGCCAGGUAGACUUGAUCGUGUAGGCCUUACCAUUGACUAAGUGGGUUCGCGUGUAUCAGGUUCCGGAAACACUCCAGUCAAUCAUGUUGUACGCUAACCCAGGCUACUCCUCCUACUCAGAAGCGCCUUGUGAAAGUUCAGCGCUAGCGUUUGCAGCAGUCCGUGUUCACAACAUCAACGCGGAUAAAGGAUUAAUCAACUCCUCGCCCUGUCAUCUGAAAAGUACAGGACCCUGGCUACGCAGCCUUCGUCUUCAACCAGCUCCAAGUGCCUGGGAGCCAUGAUGGAUGCUGCCAGGUGUGUUCUACUCCCCUCCACCAGCUGAGGCAGGAGGCCCUGCAGACAGUAGGCGCCCCAGCCCUGAUCCUGAGCCACAACAUGCCCGCUUUGCCAUCCACCACCCUCACUGGGCAGCCCCAUAGACUGACACACUCUUCCUCCAGUGCCCAUGUGAGGCAGCCCUCCAAAGCCCACCCCCAUGCCCACAAUGUCCUGCCCCUAGGGGAGACGGGGCGCCGGGAGCUGGGCUGUCUGCAGGGCUCCUCUGUCUCUGCUGGGCCCAAGUCCAGUGUCCAGGUGAUGGUUGGGGGAGGGCAGCUGACCGGGACCCUGGGAUCGGUCACCAUCCAGGCCCAGCAGUACCUGGAAGGCAUGUGGAGCAUCUCCAGGGUCAACAACUUCCUCCCUCAGUCCAGCCCGGCACAAGUUCUGAUGGAGGAGGCAGAGAGGGACAUCCCUGGCCCUACCAUGGCCCCUGUCCCCAGCUCCCGCUGUAACCUGACACCCAGCCGACAGAAUAGCCCCGUCCAGCUGGGACAGUGUGCCGUCGGCCCCCCUGGCCCCACCUCCACCUCCACUCAGAGCGCAUCUGCGGCGGCCUCCUUCUUCAUCAGGGCAGCUCAGAAGCUGAACCUCUCGUCCAAGCGGAAGAAGCACCAGUCUCCCUCCCUGCUGCAUUCCGGAGCCCAGCAGCCCUCCAUCUACCCCACCAACUUCAGUGGCACCCUGCAGCUCUCACCGCCCCCCGCCCCACCAUGCCUGCUUCACGCCGUCUCAAAGGUCAAGGAGAACCCCGGGAUGGGAAAGGUGAAAGUGAUGAUGCGUAUCUGCCCCUCCCUGGAGGCUCCUGAUUCGUCCGAGUCCAUGUCCUUCCUGAAGGUGGACCCCAGGAAGAAGCAGUUGACCCUUUACGACCCCUCAUUCAACGACCACACCAAUUCAGGGCACAGGAGAGCCACCGUGGCCAUCCCAAAGAUCUUCGCUUUCGACGCAGUGUUUACCCAAGAUGCCUCUCAAGCGGAGGUGUGCUCAGGGACGGUGUCUGAGGUCAUCCAGUCCGUGGUGAAUGGUGCGGACGGCUGCAUCUUCUGCUUCGGCCACGUCAGGCUCGGCAAGACGUUCACCAUGAUUGGCAAAGACUGCUCCACCCAGAGCCUGGGCAUUGUGCCCUGCGCCAUCUCCUGGCUCUUCAAGCUCAUCAAUGAGCGCAAGGAAAAGACGGGCACGCGUUUCUCUGUCCGCGUGUCUGCCGUGGAGAUCUGUGGGAAGGACGAGGCUCUGAAGGACCUCCUGUCUGAGGUGUCCAUAGGAAGCCUGCAGGAUGGACAGUCCCCAGGGGUGUACCUGCGUGAGGACCCUAUCUGUGGCACUCAACUCCAGAACCAGAGCGAGCUCCGCGCCCCCACGGCAGAGAAGGCAGCCUUCUUCCUGGAUGCAGCCAUCGCAGCACGCAGCACCAGCAGGCCAGACACAGAUGAAGAGGAGAGACGCAACUCUCACAUGCUGUUCACACUGCACAUCUACCAGUACCGCAUGGAGAAGAGUGGCAAGGGAGGCAUGUCGGGCGGACGGAGCAGGCUGCACCUCAUAGACCUGGGGAGCUGUGAGAAGGUGCUAAGUAAGAGCAGAGACGGAGGGGGAGGCCUGUGUCUGUCUCUCACCGCGCUGGGCAAUGUUAUCAUGGCUUUAGCCAAUGGAGCCAAGCAUGUACCUUACAGGGACAGCAAACUGACGAUGCUGCUGAGAGAGUCGCUGGGGAACAUUAACUGCAGAACCACCAUGAUCGCCCACAUCUCUGACUCCUCUGCUAACUACGCUGACUCCCUCACCACCAUCCAGCUGGCCUCACGCAUCCACCGCAUGAGGAAGAAGAAGUCCAAGUAUGCAUCCAGCUCCUCUGGAGGGGAGAGUUCCUGCGAGGAGGGGAGGAUCCGUCGGCCGCCCCACCUCAGACCCUUCCACCCCCGGACGGUAGCCCUGGACCCGGACUUGCCCUCCCUGCUCAGCAACCCAGACUACUCUUCCAGCAGCGAGCAAUCCUGCGACACCGUCAUCUACGUGGGUCCGGGCGGCGCCGCCAUCUCUGAUAGGGAGCUGAGUGACAACGAGGGCCCCCCUGCCUUCGUUCCAAUCAUCCCCUCUCUGAACAGGAAGCGUUCUGGGAAAGAGGGCCCCCUGGACAAAGACCACUUCUUCAUGUGCAACACGUUUGCUGAGCUGCAGGAACGCCUGGAAUGUAUUGACGGCAGCGAGGAGCCUACAGCGUUCGUUGGAGAGGGUAGGGGAAGUCAGGCUAGCCCACAGAUAGACAGCAAGGCAAAGGAAGGCCCUGGCUCAGCUUCCCUAAAGACUGUAACUAAAGCCUCCUUCUCCCAGGAAAAUAUCUCACCCAAACUUCCUCCUAAAUCUGUAGCCACUCCGCCAUCCAGCAGCCCCCAGGUAAGCCCCUCAAAGUCUAAUCUGGAACAUUCCAGAGGGGUUUCAGAGAGCGUGUGCAGAACGAGUGCUGAUGGUGAGAAGGUGAUGAUGUCAGAGAGCCGGGCUAGCCCAAUCGAACAGGAUGUGGCCACCUUGCCAGCCUCUGAGCCAGUGGUGCGGGAGAAGGUCUACUUCAACAAGAAGCCCUUACCCAAGCCUGCUCCCCCUCCCCCACAGCAGAGAGACUCACGCAGAGGCAACGGAGAGGCAGAGGAGAGGUCCACCACUAGAAUGCCGCCCGUCGGAAUGAGCCAUCAGACUGGGAAACGGGGGGAGUCUGGUAGAGUCCAGACCAGGGGACCAGUAGAAGUGUGCCAGCUACGCUCCACCCUGAGAGAGAGGUGCCUGGACAGGGACAUCCUCCGGGCUACGGUGACCCUGCAGCAGCCUGUAGAGCUGAACGGAGAGGAUGAGUUGGUGUUCACUGUGGUGGAGGAGCUGUCCAUCGGCAGCAUCAUAGACAACGGUCGGCCCUCCAGCAUCAUCAGCUUCAACAGCGACUGCUCCCUGCAGGCCCUGGCCUCCGGCUCCCGGCCCGUCAGCAUCAUCAGCAGCAUCAACGAUGAGUUUGACGCCUACACGUCAGCUGUGGGGAGUGAAGUCAACAUUGAGGUGCACACCCCCUUACAGGAUGACUCAUUUGUGUGUGUGGGCAGCAGGGGCUCGUCCAUCAGCUCCUGGCUCAGUGAGGUCAGCGUCUGUACUCUGGAGAGUGAAGGGGCCCACUCGGCAGACGUCUUCCUCCCACAGACUAAGCACAUCGGCCCAGAAGGCACCUUGUAUCUGGAUUCCCUGGGUAUGUUUCACUGUGAAUCAUCCCCAAGGGACACCAAGAACUCCCUGAAUGACAGCGGCUUUAGCUUUUCUGAACUGGACAGUGACAGCGCAGCGUCUAGCAAACUGUCCCUGACAAAGUGCCCUCCGUCUCCCGACUUAACCAAAGGAUCCCUCAGAUUCCCAUUCAAAACAGCGAAAGUGAACUUUCUCAGUUCCUCUUCACAACCCUCCCAGGGCCCUUACAUAGUCCACUCCAGUCUUCCCAGGAAAAUUAAACCUACCUCAUCCAUCACCCAUAGUAACAGCAACAGCAGCAGUCAUGAACCACAGAGACAGGAAGCCAAGCAGGAGGACCCCUGGCAGCGCAUUGACAACCACUAUGAACCUCAGCUCCCAGUCCCCGGUGCCACUGCCACAAGCAAGCUCCCCAGAACCCCAGUGAGUGGCAUUCCCUGCCGAAAAGCUGGUGUUUUCAACAGCAACAGCGUACCUCGCCAGCCCAAGGUGCAGGGCUCUACCUCAGCCCAGAGGGUGGUGGACGGAUGUGAGAAGUCGCCCAGCAAGAAAGCAGGGUCCCCCAGCAAGAUGCCUCAGCUCAGACGAGGGGCCACCACCCUAGGCACUGUGCCUGUCAUCCAUGCCUCCCCGGAGACCAAGGUCACCACCCAGGACAUCACAGCUACAACCAACAGUCUCAAGUUUUCCUCUCUGGGGAAAAAUGGGAAGACCAAUGGGCAGAAAGCCAGCAUGCUCCCCAAACCUGGUGGUAACUCACCUCCCCUCCCCCCAGUGCGCAAAUCCAGUCUGGAUCAGAAGAACAAGACCCUGCUGCACCAAAGUGCCUUAAAGUCUGCGUAUGGAGAGGCAGGGAGGCCCUUACUCACCAGGGGGACAGUGUCAGAGGAUGAGCUAGAGGUCCGCUGUAGAGGAGACUCCAACAGCCUCAAAACAUCCAGCCUCAAGGGUGACUACACCUCGGCCAAAGCCACAUCCAGCCUGAAGGCCAGAGGGGAUGCUGGACAGAAGCAUUACGGCAGUCAGACGUCUCUGGAGAGAUGUGACAGCAUGUCCAUGGUGGGCUCCAAACCCACCCUCAGCCGAGAGAACAGUGGGGCCAGCCUGGGCAGCAGCAUAUCCAGCAGGCCAAUUCCCAGAUUUGGUUUACCCAUCUCAAGCAGCUCUGCCAUUGCUACCUCCCCACCUUCCCCAUGUUCCACCACAGGUGCUCUAGGUAAACCUGGGCAGGUCAAAGGUAGUGUUAACCCCAGGGCGUUAGGAGCGGUCAAUGGAAGUAAGGCCCGUUUAUUGUCAGCGAGCAACUCUAAAGGCCUGAACUCCUCCACCAAGUCCCUGGCAGCUCCAGCCACCAGGAACAUAAAUGCCAACCUCCCCCCAACUGGUAAGACCUCUGCCCCUCGGGCCACCGCAGCCGUCAACAGCAAGCCUGGCCGGGGCACCAUCAUGGGCACCAGGCAGGCCAUGCGGGCAGCCAACAGCCGGGUCAGUGAGCUGGCAUCAGGCAGCACAUCAGGCAAACACCUAAGGGGCUCAGGGGACUCUGAUAGUGGUAAUGACAGUGGGGUGAACCUGAGUGAUGACAAGUCCCCUGUGGCCAUGCUGCCCUCCCCCUACAGUAAGAUCACAGCCCCCAGGAGGCCGCAGCGCUACAGCAGUGGACACGGCAGUGACAACAGCAGUGUUCUGAGUGGAGAGUUGCCCCCAGCCAUGGGCCGAACAGCCCUCUUCUACCACAGCGGGGGCAGCAGUGGUUAUGAGAGCAUGAUCCGUGACAGUGAGGCCACAGGCAGUGCAUCCUCUGCACACGACUCCAUGAGCGAGAGUGGGAUGUCUUCCUCAGGCCGCCCCAGGACCUCAAAGUCCCCGAAGAAACGCAAUGGGCUCCAGCGACGGCGGCUCAUCCCGGCCCCCCUGCCAGACACCUCAUCCCUGGGGAAGAAGACUGGCAUAGCUGGCCAGUGGGUGGAUCUGCCUCCCAUGUCAGGAGCACUAAAGGAGCCCUUUGAGAUUAAGGUGUAUGAGAUUGAUGAUGUGGAACGGCUCCAGAGGAGGCGUCAGGAGGACUCAGCCGAGCCAUUCCUAGAUGUUGAGAAGGGGCUGCUGUACUUCAACAGUAAGCUGAAGGUUCUGGAGCGGCGGCAUCAGCAGAUCAGGGAGCUGAAGGUCAAACACGAGACACUGAAGGAAGAGCUAGAGGACACCAAGACCCGGUUGAUGAUGGACCCUUGCAAGUGGAUAGGAGAGUUUGAGGUGGACCAGGAUUUGGACAAGGAGUCCCAGGAGUACCUGGAGGCCCUGAGUCAGGUCACAGAGGAGCUGGAUUUCUGUGUCAACAUAUGCAAGUCACGUGUCAUGAUGGUGACCUGCUUCGACAUCAGUGUGGCAACACCGCCUGACACUCAAGAGGGACUUCGAGAAGUGGAAGUCUGAGAAGGUGCGAAAUGAGAGAUGGAGAAUCCAGAAAGUGAGAAAGGAAUGAUGAUGAAAUGUAGCAGCCAGUUCAUAUUGCUGGAAUGAAGUGACAAGAAAAACUAAAAGACAAAAGAUGAGACAAACAGGAUGAGGGUCUUUGCAUGAAGACAGAGGAGAUCUGAACCGACUUAUCUACAGUGCCUCGUUGUUCUGGACAUGUUCUUGUUGGAAUGGGAGAGAAACGUGUGCACAGACAACAACGGUGUCUGUGUUUCCUGCAUGAUGAGAGAGAGGCCAUCAUUUACCCAAGAGUCAUUCAACGACAACCAGAAGUGCCUUUUUCACUCAACUUAUUUUGAGUCAUAAUUUUUUGUAUGGUGCUAGUAUCAUAACCAGCAUACCUAAACAAACCCUGAACAUAUUCCUUUUAAGAAAUAAUAAUUUUAUAUUGCAUUGUAUAGUGUAUUUAUAUGAUUGUGUGUAAAAAUAUAAUUUGUAGGUAAAAAAAAUGUAAGAAGAAAAAGGAAGAGCAAUAAGCUAAUGUUAUUGCGUUCCCAAACUUUGCCUUUUCUCAUGUUUCAAACCAACCUCAGUCAGCAUUUUGCCCAUUUACCCAGCCUCUUUGCGCCUUAUGUUAUCUUUCUUGUUCUGUAGUUUUUCUACCUUUUUAAACCAGGCUCUGUGUUAUCUUGUCAAGGACUUGGUUUGCUGUUAUCACUCAACCACUGCCAGCGGAGCUGUGAAAGCUAGCAGGGUUGAGUAAAUGUUUCCUCCCUCCAGUUGCCUUGAUCCCAAAGGGCCCCAGUGGAGGUGCUGAGAUGGGUGAUGGUGGAGGUGUAGAAAAGGGGAGAGGAAAGUAUGUGGAGCUGAGCUAUGUUUGCCCCUUGUUUAUUUAAUAGAAAAUUUGGCAAUGGCAGAACAUAUCAUACACCAUACAGGGCCUGCUCCCAACAGGCUGUGUGUACGCCAUGAUUCAUGGGUGUGACGGUAAGCUCUCUCUGGUGCUCUGUGUUAGGGGUGUCCAGAGUCCAGUGCGCACUGACGAGGCAUAGUGGUGCUUGUCAGUGCGUACAUUUUUAUCCCUAGAUGAGCCUCAACUGGGUUCUACUGACACGAACAAAAGGGCAUAGAUGAGAUGCCACAAGCAAAGGUAAUUCUACGGCUCGUGUUGUACUCUUUUUACUGGUGCCAAGCCUUGGUUCUAUGCAUUCCAACAUUCUCACUCCCACUAUAAGAACCUCAUACACUAUAUAUACAAAAGUAUGUGGACACUCCUUCAGAUUAGUGGAUUCGGCUAUUUCAGCUACACCUGUGGUGUAUAAAAGUGAGCACACAGUCAUGCAAUGUCCAUAGACAAACAUU